UUCACUGUGCUGAAGCUGAAACGUCUCUUGUCUUGUUUAGUCAACACUGGUGAGUGCAACAUUGCUCAAAAACUGACGACACUGCACUCUUGCUUGCGUCGCCCACACUCCACUCCACGCCACUCCUCUUUAUAUUCAUCCUCUUCUCCUCGCUGCAGUCUCUUCCUUCCUUCUUUCCCUCUGCUCAUCUACUGCUCUCACUUGCUCUCUUCUUCUUCUUGUGCAUUCAGAGUAACCACAGGAUGAGCAAGUCUGGUUGUGAGAGAUGCAGAGGACGGGGUUUUUGGGAUACGGAUGAUCAGGACACGUAUUUCUUCAAGGUUAUGAUUGGUGGUUUCCGACGUCAAAUGACCAUACCAUACAAGUUUGCAGAAAAUUUCAGAGAUCAGAUCCAAGGAACAAUCAAACUGAAGGCACGUAAUGGUAACACUUGCAGUGUCCUUGUUGACAAAUGUUCAAAUAAGUUAGUCCUUACAAAAGGGUGGGCUGAAUUUGCCAACUCUCAUGACAUUAAGAUGGGUGACUUCCUGGUAUUCAGAUACACUGGCAAUUCUCAGUUUGAAGUUAAAAUCUUUGAUCCAAGUGGUUGUGUGAAAGCAGCAUCACACAAUGCUGUGAACAUUGGCCAGCAUGCCCAAAACAUGCAAGGAGACCCUAUUGAAAUUUUAAGCUGCUCUGAUGAACAUCUGCGAGCGCAAUCGCUAACAACCGAAAGGCAAAAUCAACCUGAAAAGGAUGUCAUUGACAAUUGUAACAAGAAGAUGAAGACAGAGCAUGCUUCUUCUUCAGAAGAUGAUCAGGAAACACCUACUGCUGAGGUGCACAGGAUGAAAGUAGAAGAGAUGGUCCGAGCUAUUCAUUCCAACCACCCAGUUUUUGUGGCUGUCAUGAAAAAAAGCAACGUCACUCGACAACCUUGCUAUGUGGCAAUCUCCAGGAAAUAUGCCAAUGAAUAUUUUCCAGGAGGGGACCAAAUGCUAACGCUUCAACGACAUGGCAAGAGGUGGCAAGUGAAGUUUUGUAUCAGCAAACGCAAAUUGAGAAUGCUUUCAAAGGGGUGGAGAAAAUUCACAAGAGACAACGAGCUGCAGACUUCCAAGAAUUUUACUCCUACAGGAUUACAUCACAGGGGCUCAGUUGAAAAUUAUCUCCAUGGCUUAUCUGAAGAAGUAGCUGGAGUUACACUGUUGGUAUUUAUGGCUCCCCAUUGGAAUUACACCAGAGAAUAUUUAACGCUCAUACUUUAAGGCUGCUAAGCCAUUUGAAGUUUGGAAUUUGGACAGUCUAGAACCCUGUUGGCCUUCUUCCAUUUCCCCCAUAAAUUUUCACCUCCUACUACUCCUGCACAACUCAUCUCUCCCUUUCUCAGCAUCCAUAAUCAAUCUCAGGUUAUGCUCUUGUUUCCGGUUGGUGAAUCUUGGUACCUGCAUUUGCAUACAGGAUAUCCAUUGUUCCUGCAACUUUAUUUUCUCUCUGCAUUCUUCAUUUCUUCCUGCAGGGGCUCCUCUGGCUCUGUUCAUCACUCUGUUUUUUUCCCCUCAUUUUCGAAAGAUGAAAAAGUGUGGUUGUUCUCUUGUCGUUAAAUAAUUCUCUCAUGGAAAGAAAGGCAGGCUAAUCAAAUACGAUCUUAUAGCAAGCCAAAUGUAGUAGCCAAUACCUAAGUAGGGGCUAAACUUGUUUUGUGAUGUGUAGGUGUGGUCAGAAGAUGAGGAAGCUGAACACAAGAUCCACGGCUAGGGAUGAUCAAGAAAAGUAUUUCUUCAAGGUCAUGAUUGGUGACUUCCAUAAGAGAAUGGUAAGCUAUCUCGACUAAUGCACAAGCAUGAAUACUUUGGUAAGUUAUCUCUACUGAAGUAGGCAAAACAUGCUUAGGCUAAAUUCUGUCAGUUUUGUUUUCUACUCAGUGACUCAAAAAGGCCAAAGCAUGAUCUAGAUAUACUUGUGCUAGUGCAUCAUGAGAUCAGGGAAACAGCACAUUUUGGUGCUUCACCAAAAGUGUUGCAGGGGUACAACUGAAUAGAAUAAAGUUUUUAUUUUUUUGAGAAAAUUGGGUCUUUCAGUUACUCUUUA